CUGUAGUAUACCGUGUCCCGUGGCAUAACCGUCAUUGCACCUACUCGCGUCCGACACGAUGCCGGGCGUUUGGCGGAUAUCCACGUUUUUGUGUUGCCACGCGCUGUCGCUGGUCUCGGCGCUCCAGACUUUCCAGGUGACCGACACGGGAUACUUGGACGUGGAGAUGGCCGGCCAACAGCUGGGCAGAAUCGAAAUCGGCCUGUUCGGUGAGCUGGCGCCCAAAACCGUGGCCAACUUCGUCGCCCUACUCACCGUGGGCGUGCACGGGCGGACGUACGCCGGCACCAGGUUCCACAGGGUCCUAAAGCGGCUUGUCGUCCAAGGCGGAGACGUGGUGAACAACGACGGAAGCGGUUCGAUUAGUAUUUUCGGAGAAGAGUUUCCUGACGAAAUAUUGACCGUGAACAACACCAAAGCCGGAUUCGUAGGCAUGGCCAAUUCAGGACCGGACACGAAUGGAUGUCAGUUUUACAUAACUACCAGACCAUCGCCCACCUUAGACGGUAAACACGUUGUCUUCGGCCGAGUGGUCAAUGGGCUGCAAGUCGUACACGUGAUUGAACGUCAACCUGCUGACCUGCUGGGACGACCGAAUAAAGAAAUUCGGAUCAAAAGCUGCGGACUACUCGACAGGAAACCGUCUUACACUAUAACAGAUCACCCGUACGAUUUGGACAUUUGGAAAUGGAUAAAAGCUUCUUCGAUACCACUAUCAGUGUCAGCCGCCAUACUGGGAUUAUUUCAAUGGAUGAUCAUUCAAAUUAACAAAGUCGUUAAUUAAAUUAUCGAAAAAUGUACUAUCAUAUUUUCAUUAUUAUCUUAUUCAUUAUUAUACAUACUUAUAAUGUAUGAUGUAACGCAAAAACAAAUUUCAAUUUUGAUAAAAUAUGU